AUGGCGAGGGGACGGCGGCGGCGGCGCCGGGGGAGCGGCACGGGAGAGUGCACGCAAUCGCAGAGUAAUGAGAAGGUGCGGUGCUCAAACCACAGUGCAACACACACACUCAUUCUCUUCCAUGAUGGGAAGCUUUCUGAACACUGGGCCGAAGCUUCAGAAAACAGACCCAAGACAAGGCUGAUACAAGAACUGGGAAACCAAAAUAUUGUUCAAAUAGCAUGUGGGGACCAGCAUGCCAUGGCACUAUCCAGAGGGGGUGAGCUCUUCACCUGGGGCUGGAACACCCAUGGACAGCUUGGAGUGGGGAGCCAAACCAGGUUUACUCACAAACCACAGCUGGUGGAAAGACUAAAGGGCAUCCCACUUGCUCAAAUUGCUGCUGGAGGGGCUCACAGCACCACCAUAUCACUCUCCGGAGCUGUUUAUUCUUGGGGAAAGAACAGUUUUGGACAGCUGGGACUUGGAGACACUAAAGACAGGGACUGCCCAACAUAUGUUGGAGCUUUAGAGCACUGGAAGACUGUAUUUAUCUCCUGUGGGGCAGAUCAUACUGCAGUUCUCUCCAAGGAGGGGCUGGUGUGCACCUUUGGAGCAGGAGGGUCUGGCCAGCUGGGUCACAACUCUACCCGGAAUGAACUCCUGCCUCGUGUGGUGUCUGAGCUGUGGGGAGCAAGGGUUUCAAACAUUGCCUGUGGAAGACAAUCCACUCUGGUCUAUGUACUUUCCUUGGACAAAUUCUAUUUCUGUGGUUCUGAUGAUGAUGGACAACUGGAAGGUGACAGGAAGCCAAAUCAGUUGAUACCAGUUCCCAUCAAUUCACCAUUGAAUAGUGGAAAAUCCUGCCAGAAAAAGAAUGCAUCAAAAAAGGGGAUUAAAAUUAUUGCAGGAGUAAAUCAAAGUUUUGCCCGUUGCAAGGAGAACAAGAAUUCGUAUUUGGAUGGAAUUGCUACUCUGGAGGAUAAAGAAGUGGAUGCAUGGAUUUCUAAUUCUAAGUGUUGUGAGAGUAUAAAAAAGAGUAUCAGACUGAUCUUUUCUUCUGAGGCUUGCAUCAAUGGAAGCUUUCUGGACAAAAGAGACAAACAUUUCAAAACUUCCAAAGAAGUCUCAGGCGUAGACAUGUCAGAAGUGAAACGUUUUUAUAAGAAGAUCAGUAAAAAACAAACAAUCUACCAGGAGGUGCAAAACGUGAUUAGGAACUUACUGCCAUCAUUGUCUUCCUCUCCCGUCUCACCUGAAAAUUUCAGAGUCUACUUGAUCUUGCCUUUCCUUCUGCAGGAGAAGGAUGGGAACUCUUUCCUUUCUCUCAUUCUUCUGGCUCAAGCCAUCAUGAAACUCCAGCCAGAGGGCCUGCAAACUCUUGAAUGCCUAUGGUCAAAUCUAGAAACAUCCUUUUUCAAGGAGCUGGUGUUUCUGUAUCAGAGGGUUUCCCAGUACAUUCUGUGUAAAUUUGUCAUGGAGUUCAUAACAAUGAAGCCAGGCCGCCUCUUCAGGUUGGACCCAGCUGAAACUGGGCCUCUGGAAAUACUGCAUAUACUUUACCAGGUGAACUCCAGAACUGGUUUCAGAGUACAUGAAAGCAAUUUCUAUGUACCUCAAGUGAGAGAGAUUAUCAACUUUUGUGCGUGCUACAAUACAGUAACAGUCCUAUACAAGCUGAGCAAGUACCCAUGCAUCUUUGAUAGAGAAAACAAGAUCCACGUUUAUACUACAGAAUGCAGGGCUCUGACCAAUAUCUCUGCUAUACCCCUUAUACACACCUCUGAGCCAUGGAAAUUUUGUGUCAGAAGACAAUGCCUUCUGCAAGACAUACGAAAAAAUUUAAAAUCUGCCUCAAAACAAGAUUUCAGGAAGAUAUUAGAGGUGUCUUUUGAAGGUGAGAUGGGGGUGGACGAAGGCGGGGUGUCCCAGGAGCUCUUCAGAAUUGCAGCCAGCACCCUCUGCCAGCCCAGCACGGGCACCUUCUGCCACUUCCCCUCCGGCCUCGUGUGGUUCCCCAGACAGGCCUCGAACUGUGAGGAUGAGGACACCUUCCUCUUAAUCGGAACUCUGUGUGGAAUGGCCCUGUUUAACCACUGCACGGUGCCCUUCCCCUUCCCCAGGGUGCUCUACAAAAAGCUACUGGACCUGGCCCCCACCCUGGAGGACCUUGAGGAUCUGCUGCCAACCGUGGGCCGGAGUCUUGGGAGAAUUUUGAAUGAAGAAAGUGAUAGCUUGGACUUGGACUUCACGAUAAUGGAAGGAGAAGAUUCCACAGAUGUUGUUGAGCUUAAAGAAAAUGGUGCCAACAUUCCUGUCACUAAGGAUAACAGGAAAGAAUAUGUUGAUUUGUAUGUGAAUUAUAUGUUCAAUAAAUCAGUACAGAAGCCAUUUGAGGACUUUAUGCAAGGGUUCUUAAGAGGCUGCCCAGCUAGAAAUUGGAAGAUUUUUUUCCCUGAAGAGCUGCAGGUUCUUCUCCAGGGACACACAACAUUUGACUGGCAUCUGCUGGAAAAGAAUGUGAUGUACAGAGGGUAUGAAAAGUUAGAUAGAACCAUCAGGAAUUUUUGGACUGUGUUUCACAGGCUACCAGAAGAAAAAAAGAAAAUGUUUCUUGCUUUUUUGACAGGAUCUGAUCGAAUCACUGGCUAUGGACCAGAAUGUUUUAGAUUUUGUAUUGCAGAUCCUCGAGCAGAAAAUCCAGAUGAGUUGUCUCCCCGUGCCAAUACUUGCCACCUCAUUUUGUUCCUCCCCAGAUACAGCAGUAAAAAAAUACUCAAAGAGAAGUUGCUUUAUGCCAUAGAGCAUAAUGAAGGUUUUGGACUUGCCUAAAUCUGGGAUAGAAGCACUUUAAAGCAAAAAUAAGAAAACUAAUAUUUGUUCACAUGCCAUAUUUUCUCUUAAUAACUCCAAUUUACUGGUUUCUACCCUGCCUUAUUUUUACUGCACUUUAUAAACACCUGCAUGUGUGUAUUUGCUGAGGUUUUACAUUGCUUAUGCCAGAGCUUCUACCAGAUACCUCAUAGUUAGACUGUAAAGUUAGGAAAGAAGAAUCCUUUUUGGCAUU